GAUGUCGUCACUUCAGUAAAGCAUCACGCAGCGGCGGCAGUCCGCGAACUGUUCCUGUAGUACAAGUAGGACGAAGCCGGUACCCGUAUCGUCAAACAAGUCUGCUGCCUAUCGAGUCAAUUCCUUCCGCCUGUCUUCGCCUGUCGGUCAACCUUCCGCUCCUUCGUAGGCAGUUCAAUCGUUGAACUUUGUGGAUCUCGGUUGGCCUCUCCUCCAAUUUGCUUCCCCAAAGAUAUUUUUUUGAUCUUGUUCAGGGUAAUCCGUCCCCCGGGGUUCCAAGUGUGGUGGAAAGGAGGUGCCUUCUGCCCCUUUGAGGAACUCUUGGCCUCCUGCUGCGAUCGCGAGGCGUGGAGAUGGCGCAACAUGCCCAACUUCCUGAAGCAGUAAGUGCAAACUUGGAGGCUCCAAAUCCCAAGGAUGAGCCACAUGCAAGCAGAGAAGAUGAUCUCCGCCAACCGAUAGAAUCACAUUUACCUCAUAUUGCUAUUGCACAUAAGCCAACCACAGAAUCCCCUCUUCAUAGGCAUGGGUAUCAACCAAAUUCCAGUGAACAUAGAAGGGCUGGUAGAACAAGUGGUGAAUCUGACAAUAGCAUGGAGCGCUCUCCACUUCACCCCCAUUAUCAUGUGAAAGCUGCAACUAGAGGUGGUGUAUCUUCCAAGGGUUCAUCAGUGAGUAGCCAUGCACUUGCUUCAAAUGUUGCAGGUAGAUCGAGACCGAGGACCGGUGGUCGAGGUGAUGAAACUCCUGAUAAAGGGUCAUCUGUGCCAAAGUUUGGUGAGUGGGAUGAAAGUAAUCCUUCAUCAGCUGAUGGUUUCACUGGCAUAUUUAACAAAGUGAGGGAGGAAAAAAAGAGUGGAUCAGCAAAAGCUACCAUGAUAACAAAUGAUACAAUCUAUGUCAAUGACCAAGAUGGCAGUGGUGGGUCCUUGAGCUGUUGCUUUGGCUGGUGCAAAAAAUAACUAGUAUUACAAGAAGAUUCAGAGCUUCGAUCCUGUAAAUAUCCUCAAAGAAGAGUCAUGAUAUUUGCAUCUGUUUGGAACUGCAUGUUCCUCUGUGCUAGCGUGUGUAAGUACUGUAUUGCAUCGAUGAACAUGUUCUUUUCAAUUUGUUGAAUCUUAUAUUUCUUGUUGCAAUACUGUAAACGAGCAUAUUUUAUCUUCUUCUGGUGUGAUUUAAAUGUCUUGUAUUGUCAAA